AUGUCCGAACUCACCAUCGAUAAUAAAACCUGUCCGUUGAAAGUUCCCGGCUUUCAUGAUAUUGCCGUCAAUGUCGAGCUUCCACGGAAUCAAUUUGCAGCGGGGAUCAAAAACUGGCGUGGCUCAAUUCUCACUGCGAAGGAAUUAGCAAUGUUGGAUUCGAUCAAUACUAUUACUGAGAGACCGGACUGGCAUGUGCGGAUUUUCAAGCAGGAAGAGAUCGCUCGAUGGCGAGACGAUGCUCUGUCAUCCUCGUCGCUAAUCAACGACCAGACGUGGAGCUGGUGUUUGAAAGAGUUGCAAGACAAGGCAAGAGACUUGGAGAAGUAUGGCCGCGUGAUCGUUUUGAACACAGGCAGCGGUGUCUGUAAAUCUGAUACAGCGAUCUCUACGACCCUACAGUCACAGCUACAAGACGCCGCGAUUUUUUUGACUAAGGACUUGGCGCAGAUACAAUAUCAAAACGCUCAGAAGUCAGCGGUGGCAAACCUUGUCGAUCCGUCCCUGUUCCCUCUUGUCUACGGGAGAACAAAAGUCUUGACCGGAGGGCAAUCCUGCGGAAUGGACGAAGCUUCCUGGUCAUCUCGCGUUCAAGAAUGCCAAAUUGCACCAGAGCGACCGCCAUUUGCUCAAGAAGACGCUUGGGCACACCUGAGAUUGGGAUGCAUUUGGUCGACCAGAUUUCAGUGGCUGCCUUGCGAAGUGGAAUUCACUGGUCCUCCUGGGUCCACUGAUGUUCGAAUUACUUCUUACAUCAACAAUCUCCAUCCGACAAACCGGGACAUGUAUUCAGCAAUCGAGGCAGUUCUUGCAAGCAGUAUCAAGCAGUGGAAUGAGAUACUGAUUCGAGAGAAAUGGAAGGAGCCGUCCAGCACCACCAUUGGACAUUGCAAUCCCUGUCCUCGUGAGCCGAUUCGAAUACGGACUUACGGAGUGGACUGGAAAGCGCGAUUUCUCGAGUGGGCUAAAAAGCUACCCGAGCAGUCCAAGGAGGACCAACUAACUGCCGAGGAAUACGAAGAAAUGUGCGCUCAAGUGGAGGCGUACCUUCAGCAACCCGAAUCCCGGGAUAAGGUACAUUGGUUUCAGGUCACAACGCAAAAGAUCCCGGAGGAUUGGAAGACACGUUGGGGGUUGCGUCGCACCGCCUUAACAAAGUAUGCACACAUGUUCGUCUUUGAGCACUCGGACCCCGGGACUGCGUAUUCAUACGAGGACUGGAAAGCAGGGAGGACCGGCGAAGCAAUCGUUGGCCCUGCGGACCAGGAAAAUUGGGGUCCAGUUUUUGAAACGGAACAAUUCCUUCUCUCUAACCCGUGGCUGGAACCCUACCGAUGGGCCUAUCAGGCAAAAGGUCAGAAAGAUGAUGAUCAUCAGUUCUACGCGGUUGCCUUGCAGGACGAGUUUCGAGAAAAGGGGCUCCAGGUUGUGGUCAAGAUCCACAGUAUCGAGCUAGAGCCUGAUAUGCCAUCCUUUCCUGGCGAGGACUGGCAUACUGAAGGAAAUUCAAACGAGCAUAUAGUUACCAACGCCAUCUACGCGUUCGACUUUGAAAAUAUCUCCGAGCCGCAAAUUUCCUUCCGGCAGCGGCUCUCACACGCUGGCCGAAGAUACGUCUACGACAAAAUGGGCGCCGGCGAUGAUCCAGAUGACGAUGAAAGCGAUUUCGAUGACGAGGAACACGAGGACGAUGAGGAUGCCCGGAUAUUUGAGCGAGAUCCGGAAGAGAAAUAUGCGUGCUGGGAUCUCAAGUAUAUAGGAAAGCUUUUUGGAUUCGAAACAAUUCAGUAUGCGCCAGCCUGGCAAGAGCUAGGCAAAGUGAGAAUGCCUUCAGGCCGUCUGAUUUCUUUCCCAAAUGCUUUUCAGCAUCGAAUGGGUCCGUUAGAGCUUCAGGACAAGGCUAAGCCGGGACAUUGUCGUUUCCUUACUCUGUGUCUUGUCGACCCAACCUACCGCAUUUGCUCUACGCGAAAUGUUCCCCCCCAACAGCCGAAUUGGAUUGAUGGCUCUGGAUCGCAGAUCCAUUUGAAAGAAGCCCUGAAGUUGAAAGAAGAAUUGAUGAAGGAACGAGCCAAGAAGGAUGAAGCUACAUUUGAGCUUGCUGGAACCCUUGUAUUCUCAGGGGUUUCAUAA